AGUUAGUCAAAUUUUGCUCAUCCACAAGAGCGGUCGCAUCUCGAUUCGGUUCGGUUCCGGCAGAGAGCACGUGAUUCUCGACGGCCAAGAUAUCUCACGCGUAAUCCUUCGGCGCUGAUUGCUGAUAGUGUGCGGUGCGUUACGACGGUGCGUGCAACGAUUAGAGCACCCAAUGGACAAAUUCUUCAAGGCCCUCUGCCGCAAGAAACCGAACGACGAUGACGGUAGCCAUUCCAAGCUGGCCCGUGUCCUGACACUGCUGGAUUUAACCGGCCUUGGCGUUGGCAGUACACUGGGCUUGGGGGCGUACGUCCUCGCCGGAUCGGUUGCCUACGAACAGGCCGGACCCGGAGUGGUCGUGUCGUUUGUGAUAGCUGCCGUUGCGGCCGCCAUUGCCGGACUUUGUUACGCGGAGUUUGCGGCCCGGGUUCCGAAAGCCGGAUCGGCCUACAUCUACACGUACAUUACGAUAGGGGAGUUUGCCGCAUUCACGAUCGGGUGGAAUCUGAUGCUGGAGUACAUUAUUGGAACUGCCAGCGUGGCUCGAGGACUAAGCGGCUACAUUGACGCGCUGAUCGACCAUCGAAUGGAGAAAGCGUUGCAGAGUAUCGUAGAAUUCAGGGUGAGCUUUCUUGGGAAGCAUCCAGACAUAUUCUCGUUCUUUGUGGUACUAACGAUCACUGCGCUUUUGGCCUACGGAGUGAAAGAGUCAACGGUUUUGAACAACAUCUUCACAGGAGUAAAUCUGAUGGUGAUCGUUGUGGUGUUGAUCUCUGUUGGAACGAAAGUGAACCCUGAUAAUUGGAAUAUCAAACCGGAGGACAUUCCUGAAGGGGUUAAAGGAGGUGUUGGAGGAUUUAUGCCGUAUGGGUUGGCCGGAGUAAUGGCAGGAGCUGCAAAAUGCUUCUACGGUUACGUAGGAUUCGAUUGUAUCGCCACGACUGGAGAAGAAGCUCGAAAUCCUUCCCGAAACAUCCCGUUGGCCAUUAUAUUUUCUCUCUUGAUCAUUUUCCUGUCAUACUUUGGUGUGGCCACUGUCCUUACGAUGGCCUUACCGUACUACAACCAAGAUCCAAAAGCGCCGUUUCCGAAUCUCUUCGAUUGGCUAGGAUGGCAGGAAAUCAAGUGGAUCGUAUCCAUCGGUGCGAUCUUUUCGCUGUGCACAAAUUCUUUAGGCGCCAUGUUUCCUUUGCCCCGAGUCUUGUACGCCAUGUCAUCAGAUGGCAUCUUGUUCAAGAAGCUCAGAACGGUACACCCGGUGACAAAGACGCCCAUCCUGGCAACGGUGAUAUCGGGCAUAGUGUCUGGAACUAUGGCUCUGCUGUUCGACCUGCAUCAGUUGAUCGAUAUGAUGUCCAUCGGAACGCUGUUGGCUUACACGAUCGUUGCGCUGAGUGUGCUGGUUUUGAGAUACGACGAGAACACCAACUUCCGCACCAGCGUUCCCAUCCAGGAUAAGUCCGUGAUUGUGAAACAGCUGUUCAACCUGAACAUUGCCAAAUCUCCGAACGCGCUGUCAUCGAAGAUCGUCAAGAUCAGUUUGUUGCUUUACGCCCUGGUCACCUGCAUCGUCAGUGCCAUUCUGGUCAACGCCCAGGACUACCUCUCCGCUCAGUAUCCGUUGAACCUGACGAUCCUGACCAUACUGGCCAUGUCGAUCCUGAUCCUGUUCCUGGUCAUCGCGUGUCAACCCACCGAAGAGUCCAAGAUCACCUUCAAAGUCCCGCUGGUGCCGUUUGUCCCCAUGCUGAGCAUCCUGGUCAACAUCUACCUCAUGUUCCAGCUGGACGUCAACACUUGGAUCAGUUUCUCCAUUUGGCUGCUGGUUGGCUUCGUGAUCUAUUUCACCUACGGCAUUCGACAUUCGGUUCUUGGCUCCGGUAGUCAGACCCUGUCGGAAAGCCAGCUUGAGAAUCCGUUCUGCAUGGUAGGACUCGAAAAGGCGUAGUUUUAAGCUUUGUGCACAAUCGGUAUUAUUAAGAACUAAGUGACAUGGUCAAAGAGUUUCAUUCCGUGUUUAGGCUAGUGGUUGUAAGGAAAAAAUACGACUUUACGACGUGUGAUCAAUGUUUGUUCAUAGUUUAUAGGCGUACAUUUGUGGCGUCUCAGUCUGUUAUAUUUUCGAAAAUUUCAUUCUUUCGACAAUGACACCGAGAAUAAACGGAACAAUGAUUUCAAAAAUAAA